GUCAACAAUAUCAAUAAAUAACCUUGGAUUAGAAGUGACUAUGAAGUUUUUCUUACAUAUCCUCGUUUAUGCAUAUUUAUAUACACACGUGUAUUAGUACAGAGCUGAAUAACAAAGGUCAAUUACGCGAAAUGUGUGUGUACGUCAGCGUGCGCGCGCGUGUUGUGUAUUGCGUAGCGUAGGUUAUGAUUACAAUUUGAAAUGAUGGAGUUAGAUAAAAACAUGAUGUGAAUAUUAUCUCUCACAUAAUAAGUUUAAAGCUAUUUGCUUAAAAAAGAACAUACGGUAUGACGUCAAAAACUAUACACAUAACUCAAGAAGGACCUGCAAAUGCCUUAGCCCUUAAUAAAGAUAACAGCCAGGUUGUGAUAGCCGGUCGUAAUGUUUUUAAAAUAUUUACACUGCUGGACGAUAGAUUUGAAGAAGCCUGCAAUCUUCGAGUUGGAAAAAAUUUGAACUUGAACUUUUCCUGCAAUGAUGUUGCUUGGAAUCUUAAUGAUGAUCAUAUAUUGGCAACCGCAGCAACAAACGGUGCAGUGGUUGUUUGGAACCUAAAUAAGCAAUCUCGGUCAAAACAAGAGCAUGUGUUUGUAGAUCACAAAAGAACAGUAAAUAAAGUAAGUUUUCACAUGACAGAACCUACAUGGUUGAUAUCUGGUUCUCAAGAUGGUACUAUGAAAUGUUUUGACUUGAAAAUAAAAGAAGCUAUCAGGACAUUUUACAGUAACACAGAAUCAGUAAGGGAUGUUCAGUUUUGUCCACAGCAACCUCAUACAUUUGCUGCUGUAUCUGAGAAUGGCCAUGUACAGCAAUGGGACCUGAGAAAACCAGAUCGUUAUUUUCAGCAUUUUACUGCACAUAGCGGUCCAAUAUUUGCUUGCGAUUGGCAUCCUGAAGCUCCUUGGUUGGCUACUGCAUCUAGAGAUAAAACUAUCAAAGUUUGGGAUCUCUCAGGUAAACCAAGUUGUGAUUACACCAUACACACUAUAGCAUCAGUAGGACGUAUAAAAUGGAGACCUCAGAAAAAAUAUCACAUAGCCAGUUGCGCCUUGGUAGUUGAUUGCAGUAUAAACGUAUGGGAUAUUCGCAGACCCUAUAUCCCAUUUGCAAGUUUUAACGAGCACAGAGACGUUCCUACAGGUGUUGCUUGGAAAGGCAAUCCACAGUCAUUUCUCUCUACAAGCAGAGAUUGCACUUUAUAUCAUCAUGUUUUUGAUGAUGCUGUAAGACCAGCUAGCAAGGCAAACCCGCAAAGUGUUGCACUGGAUUUGAAAGGUGACGCAACGUUUGCUUGCAAAGUAAAGUACGAACCGGCUACUACGGCAAGACAACUAUCAAAUUUAAUGAGAAGAACACCGGUAACAAAUGACGAUACAUUUUGUAUGGCCUCAAGUGUAGUGCACAGAUUUACUCUGAGUAUACGUCAGCCGCUUUGGUUUAAGAUAGCCGCGGAAAGUUAUUUGCUUUCUGGGAAUUUAAAUGAAAUAUGUGAUCAUAACGCACGCGUUGCUAUGAAUUUUGGCAAAGAAAAUAUUAGCAAAGCCUGGCAAAUUCUAAAAAUCAUGUAUGCAGAUCCUCUUGAAUUGCUUUUAAAAAUAUCUCCAACGGGUCCUAAAGAAGAUGUUGCUAGUUCGAACAUAGCAACAGGAGGAGCAAAAAAUUCGGGUGUAGAACAUUCAAAUGCAAGCAAGCAAUCAAGUCAUGAACACGAUGCAAAAUCUCUUCAGGGUGAAAAUCCAACUGGCGUUGCGAGCGGUGGUGACGACGAGACUGAGACAGAAACCGAAGUACCAGACAAUCCAAAUAUUCAAGGACCAUCGACUAGUUCGACAAUGUUGUUAAGAAGACCGUUGCUCAGUGACAUUCCCUCAACAACGAAAGGCGACUUUAUUUUUGGCGAAACCGAAUACGAACCCGUGUCUUUGGAACAUCCCGCCGAAAGCAGACAAAUUGUGAUGCGCAUGGAAGACGACGAAUGGACUAAGGAGUUACAGAAAGAAGCUUUUCCCUUACGACAUGAGAUCAAGGAUCGAUCUCCGUUACCGGAACAAUUUCCCAAUCAUCAUCCCGAACUCGGCGAAGAUCCAGCUUCUGUUAUAGUUGAGGAUCAACCUCAAUUAGUAGUACCACAUUUACAAAAAUGGCAACCCUUUAAUUUUACACCUCUGAUCUUGGAAGCAUUGAGCAAUCACGUGGAAUUGAGAGAUAUACAAACAACAGUAUCGAUGCUCAUUGUUCUAGGAGAAAAGAGAAAACACUUGAAGAUUCCGGUAGCCUUGCAAGAGCACUGGAUACUGGAAUACUUGGACAUGCUUGGUAAAUUCAAACUUUGGCACGUGGCUACUCAGAUAAUAGAAUUAGCAUGGAUUCCGUCUAUAUCACAAUUGAAUCAACAAUCGACUUUGAUUCAUGUUUGUUGCGUAGCAUGUACGAAACCAUUGCAACGAUCCGCGUGGUUGUGCGACCACUGUCACACAUCCGAGCAUGCUCUAUGUUCUCUUUGUAAUCAGGUAGUACGUGGAAUUUAUGUAUGGUGCCAAGGUUGUGCACAUGGCGGCCAUAUAAACCAUAUGCGAGAAUGGUUUAAUUGUAAUCGACAAUGUCCAGCUGGUUGCGGACACCUUUGCGAAUAUAAUUGAGUGACCACAUUAUCUUAAUUUUGUUAAUUUUUUGAAAAAAAAAAGAGAAAUUAGGUUAUGUUAAAUAAAAUUUAUCAUGUGACUGAAAAGAACUGACUCAAACACAACAAGUGCUUCGCAGAAAACAAGAAGCAAUUUUAGAAAAAAAAUUAUAUAGAUGUACAUACAAAAAACUUUGUAAAUAUUAAAAUAUUAAGUUAUAUUGAAUAAAUUAUUUAACGCA